AUGUCCAACCAAUCCCCCAGCCGGACAAAGGCGAACCCGCCGCACCUGUCCCGCAUCCACGCCGCCGCCGUCGACGGUCGCGUCCGCAACCCCAUCUUCCGCCGGACCCAGCUGAAGCGCCUGCACGACGCCGUAGCCGCCAACAGCGACGCCCUCGAGCGUGCCAUCCUCGCCGACGCCCUCCUGCCGUCCUGCAUCACCCCGGCCGACGCCAGGCUAGAGCUGUGUCUGACACUGCGCGCCGUGCGCGAGCUCGCCGCCGCCCUCGACGUCAAGGCCGCCUUUGCAGACGAGUACAGCGUCGCCAGCUCCAAGGAUGCCGCCGAGGCCAGGCGGCCCGUCGGCAUCGUGAUCGUGACCCCCGCGCCUCACACGCCUGUGUACAGCGCUGUGGCCUCGGCGGCGGCGGCGGUUGCGGGCGGCAACUGUGUGGUAUUGCAGCUUGACAAUACCCUCCAAGAGAUCCCCUCGGCCCUACGCAAAGCCCUCCAUAACGCCGUCGAUCACGACGCAAUUGCCCUUGCCACUUCAGACGAAAUCUCCAAUGCAUCUUUUGGAGAGACACAAGUAAUUCACUAUGUCCAACAAAACCACCAACAACGACAACAGCCAACCACACCCACAGAACAAACCACCCCGUCUAAACAGCUCGUGUGUCCAAACACAGACCGCACCAUCGCCAUCGUCGAGCGCGAUGCAGACGUCGACUCCGCCGCCUCAGCUCUUGUAGGCGCCCGCUUCGCUCUGGGCGGCACAUCCCCCUACGCUCCAGACGUCGUGCUGGUGAGCGAGUGGGUAGAGAAGGACUUCCUGCAGGCCGUCCUCCGCCACACCGCCACGGUCGUCUCUGGCCGGGCUGCUGCGUCAUCCCCCAAUGGCGGCAAGACGACGCGCAGCAGCGCCGGCGACCCUAGCCUACUGGACAGGAUCAAGGACGAAGGCAAAGCCCGCGUCGUCAGCACCGGCGAUCUCGGGACCGUGCUGACCGUCGAGGCGCGCGACUCGUUCCUCCUGUCGUCGUCCGCCCCCAAGGUCACCCAGCCCGUGCUGGCGAUCCACGCCGUGACGAGCAUGGACGACGCCAUCGACGCCUCGGGCCGGGACCUGCUGGCCGCCUACGUCUUCACCAAGAACCCGGCCAACGCAAAGUACGUGACGCAGUUCCUGGACUCGGCCGCCGCCUACGUCAACCACGUGCCUCCGCGCCUGCUCGUCGGCCCCGCCGCGCCCCGCGGCCACCCCAUCAACCCCGAGAGCGCAGCCCCGUCGCCCGACAUGUUUACCGUGCCGAGGCCCGUCUACGUCGGGAAGCGCGGUAGGGAUGUGGGCGGGGACAAGGUCCUGAGCAAGGUCGUCGGGGGCGGUGACGCCAGCGCGGCCGUCAUGGCCGAGAUGGCGAGGGACCUAGGCAAGGAGAUGCCGGCCUUCGCCAGACCGCUCAACCAGGUCGGCAUCAACUUCUUUGAGCAGGGCAUCCUGACCGGUGCCAUCCUGUUCUUUGGUACCAUCUUGACAGGCAUGGGGUUUGCAGGAUAUCAUGGGUAUCGGUUAUUUACGUCACGAUAAAACCAAAGAUGCUUUUGCUGAACAAGGAAAGUUGGAUUUAUUGUGAAUGACCCUGGGGUCUGUACUUUACAAUAUUAUAUGGUUACAAAAACUGCUAUAUACACA